AUGAGAGCGCUUGCGGCUGCAGCUGUGGCACUGAUACCGCUCGGUGCCGCAAAGGAAGUCUUCACAGACAACCCGGUCUGCCUCCAGAACCACUGCAUCAACCCAGUGUUCCCAGGCCUCGAAGACCUUCAUCGGCUCAGUAACUCGACGAAGUGGUACUGCACGACCAUGGAAGACACGGCACUCUCCAUCGGCUUCUGUAAAGGGGCGAUUGACUACGAUAUCGCAGUACCAGAACCUCAGAGUGCCGAAGAGAAAAGUGUCGCAGCUCUGGUCCGAAAGCAGGAUCGUGCGGCCAACACCGCUUACUUUACUCAUUUGGCUGGACUGGGCAAGGAUGCCUGGGACUAUCCUAACCCCAAGGAUGCGGACGACUGCAUCCAGUCCAUCUGGAAGAUGGUUUGCUAUACCUACUUCCCCCGGGCGAAGGCCGGUUGCAGCCGGGGCAGUGAGACGGAGUACAUCCGGCCCUGCAUGAGCUCCUGCCAAAACUACGUGAAGUCCUGCGCCGUGCAAUGCUGCGAUGAGUCGGUGCAGUGCGUGUUUCACCACGAGAAGCCGCUGACGAAAACCACGGUCCUCGCAACUUCCGGCUAUGCCCCCCAUGAUGGGCCCUCGGCCUUUUGCACUGGAGCUGCGCACCGCUCCGCGGGACCCGGCAUGGCCUUGCUCGCGGCAGUGCUUGGGGCUGUUGCGAUCGACGGGAAGUCGAGCCGCUUCUGCCUCCUGGCGCUCUUGGCGCCACUUGCUCUGACGCUUCAGGGUUGCAGCACCUGCGAGGUUCUGGGCCAGGCCAUGGGCCAGUUCGUGAACGCCCACACCGUGGGGAACUGGCGCCAGCAGGAUGACUACCUGGUGAGCUAUCAGUUUGUGCCUCCUGGGGCCUCCUCGAGAGAAGCCGUCCUCAACUCCUGCUCUUUGCCUGGACUGUCUCCGACGCUGCAGUGCAGUGGACAUGGUGGCUGCCACUCUUGGGAGAAGACCUCUGACAGCAACCCCACCCCAUUCUGCAAAUGUGAUUCUGAGUGGGCCGACCCAGAGUGCCGAACGAAGAGGAAGUCCCAGACCACCGCAUACUUCCUGGCCGUCUUCCUUGGAGUGAUCGGUGCAGAUCGCUUCUACCUCGGCCUGACCUACUCCGCCUGGCUCAAGCUGAUCACGCUCGGCGGUUUGAGCAUCUUCUGGAUCACGGAGAUUCUGAUCACUGGCUCCGCUCCCGUGAAUCUUCAGAAAGACCUCCGCAGCUAUUCCGGCAUUUGCAAGGUCUUGGUCUUCUUCGCCCUUUCCAGUUGGUAUGUCAUCGACAUCGUCCGCACCGGUUCCGCUCCGAUUGAGACAUCCGGCUUCAAGACGGCACCAGACUUCCCGCGAGAGGUUUUCGUGGCCUGCACGGUGUUUGUGGCGAUGUUUGCUGGAUUCUUGUGGGCGUUCCUCAGCGUUGUGAGUGACGUCACGGCCAAGCGACGCAACCUUUGGCUGAUGCAAGGCACUUCUGAGCCGAGCAUAGGCUCACAUCGGGAAGGAAAGUCCAUGUACGGCUCGCUCUGA